AUGCACGACUCGCGCCCAGAGAAACACGAGCUUACUGAUGAGAACGAGAACGCUGAAAAUGCCAUGAAUAGUUCAAAAAAAGCACGAAUCACCCAUGAUAUCACCUUAACAAACGAUAAGUUGCGUGCCCGAACGACUAUCAUAGUACCUGGCAUGAACGUUUUUCUGCGCUUGCCAUCCGGUAUGAUGAAGCUUGUCACAUUAGAAAAAGGAAAAACAGUUUCCAUUGGAAAGUUUGGUAAUUUUGAUGCAAACAGUAUUAUUGGUAAACCGUUUGGCCCUACUUAUGAAAUAAGACCAGACGGGACACUCGAAAUCAUGCACCAAGCGGUUGCCGAGGCAUUAGAUGCAUUUCACGUUGCCACGUACAACUUUGAGCGGUGCCCGGAGAAAAUUCGCAACAUGCGAGCAGACUCUCUCUCUCAAUGCCUCUCAUUCUCCAACGUCCAAGCAGGUGGCAAGUAUUUGGUUGUUGAUGGGAUUGGUGGUUUGCUUGCAGGUGCAGUUCUUGAACGGAUGGGUGGUUCUGGUUCUGUUUAUCUCGUACACGACACAGACUCACCACCUGCACUUGAGCUCAUGUCGCAGUUCAACUUGACGUCGGCGCAUACAUCUGGCGUCCUAAAAACACUACAUUGGGCUACGACCGAGUCACGAUGGACACUCCCGUCGCAUAUGUCAGAGGAGCUAUCGCGCGAAUACACCUCGGAACGCGAACGAAAUCGCGCAAAGAAGAAACGGACUGCUAUUGAGGACUUCUUGGCUACACGUCAGCAAUUCUUUGAAGGAGAGUUUGACGCUGCCAUCAUAGCUUGUCCCUAUGAGACAUACUCGGUGAUUCAUCGGAUUACUCCCUAUCUAUCUGGUUCUGCGAAUGUCGUCGUGCAUAGUCCCCACCUUCAGCCUCUUGUGGAAACACAAGCUCGUUUGCGCGCUAACCAUUCAUUCGUGAAUGUUUCGAUUACAGAGCCAUGGCUGCGUCGAUAUCAAGUCCUGCCAGCACGCACACAUCCAGACAUGACGACAUCUGCGAGUGGUGGAUACAUUCUCCACGCAAUCAGAAUUCUGGAGUAG